GACGGGCGCGGAGACCUCGGCGGGCGCUGAGCGCGGCCUCGGGCUUGCCAGCUCUCUAGCAGGGAGGCAUGUCGGAUGAAGACGAUCUGGACGACGUCGAACCCGACCAGGAUGACCUGGAAAAAGAUGAAGAUGAAAAGGACACCGAGGAGUGGGAGGACAAGCGAGAGGGGGAGGAAUUCUCGGAAGAAUGGAUGCCCACCCCGCUCACCGAGAACCUGAUGAAGGAAGGGCUGUCUUUGCUCUGCAAGACUGGAAAUGGACUGGCGCACGCUUACGUUAAGCUGGAACUCAAAGACAGAGACCUGACAGAUAUCUACCUGCUGCGUUCCUACAUCCACCUGCGUUAUGUGGAUGUUUCUGAGAACCACCUGACGGACCUGUCACCCCUCAGCUGCCUCACCCACCUGCUGUGGCUCAAGGCUGACGGAAAUCAGCUGCAGAGCGCUGGGCUGAAGGAACUGCCCUACCUGCAAAUUGCCAGUUUUGCCUACAACCAGAUCACCGACACAGAGGGUAUCUGUCAUCCUCGUCUAGAAAGCCUGGAUCUCAAAGGGAAUCGCAUCCGUUUUGUAACUGGUCUGGACCCACAGAAGCUGAACAGCCUGCAGACACUGGAGCUUCGAGGGAACCAGAUAGAAAGCACACAGGGGCUCAACCUUCCUAAGCUCAAGAGUCUAUUCCUGGCCCAGAACAUGCUGAAGAAUGUGGAAGGUUUGGAGAACCUAAGCAACCUCACCACCUUGCAUCUUCGAGACAACCAGAUCACAACUCUGAGCGGCUUCUCCAAAGAGAUGAGCUCACUGCAGUACCUCAACUUGAGGGGCAAUAUGGUGGCCGACCUUGGAGAGUUGGCCAAGCUGCGGGACCUGCCCAAGCUUCGAGCCUUGAUUCUGAUGGACAACCCCUGCACGGAGGAGACCGACUACCGCCAGGAAGCCCUGGUGCAGAUAGCACACCUCGAGCGCCUGGACAAGGACUUUUACGAGGACGAGGACCGGGCCGAGGCGGACGAGAUCCGUCAGAGGCUGAAGGAAGAGCAGGAGCAGGAGCUUGAUCCAGAGCACGAGGCGGAACUGUGAGGGCCACCUCUUUAGCGAGGCUCAUCAGCCUCCCAGGGCCGCAGGGGGGCGCAGGAGAAGGCCAGUGGCCAGGCCCACAGGGAAAGAGAAGCUGCUGCAAAAGGAAGUGGGCGAGGAAGGGCAGGAGACCCCUUGGAGAGGCCAAUUUGGGCUUGGGGCAGGGUGGGGGGAAGUCUUGGGUGUGAAGAAAGGGCCAGAUGGGCUAGAGAGAUGGCUUA